AUGGUGCUCGCGAGAGUAUUCGGCUUCUUGCGAGGUCUGAUAUUCGGCUAUCCGAGACUCCUCGCAUCAGAAGAAGUCGAAUUUUUAGAAAGAGUCAAGGCAAAUGAAUGCCCAUCGGCCAACAUCAGUGAUUUUGAGUUCCUGGAAUAUUUUGAAGGAUACUUCUGUGGGGAUCGUUACGUAGCUACACUGAAUGAUAAGCGCUACUCGAUCAUAGUUAAGGCCAAGAGUGAGCUCCGCGCCGAGCCCGGACGCGUGCAACAAACGGUCAACGGGAAGAAAUAUCAGUAUGCCUUGAGAAAUGAUUUCGUUGUCAAGCUCUACUACUCAGCGAAGAACAUAAACUUCGUCUUUCUGGUCCUGGAACAUGCACCCUGCGGUUGUCUAUGGGAUCUGGCAGAUGACGAUGAAGAAAUUCUCGAUGAAGACACGAUUCAAAGAAUCGUUUUCCAAGUGGUCUUGGGGCUCGAAUAUAUUCACUUGUGCAAUUUGAUGGUGCGACAUAUCAAUCCCGAUAACAUCUGGUUAUUCAAACACGGACAGGCCAAAAUUGCGAACCUCGAACUCGCGACAAUCGCUAGCGACAAAGAGUCCACGCCCGUCGGCCUCCCGAUGUUCCAGGCCCCAGAGAUGGUGGCGAUGAAUUUUUAUAACGCUGCCGUCGACUGGUGGGCUCUCGGGAUUACGAUCUGUCUGUUUGGUUUCAAUGACUAUCCCUUCAAUGCUACCGGCGGCGAUGACGAACUGCGGAAGAGUAUUCUGAAUGAUCCAAUCAGAGGAAUACGAGAGAUUGAUAUCAGUGACGACGCGUUGGAUUUCGUGGAGCGACUCCUCGAUAAAAAUCCCACAAAACGGCUCGGUUCGACAAAGGAUGGAAUCAGAGCGAUUAAGAGACAUCCUUGGCUCAACAAGUACAACUACAUGACAUUCACCCAUCCUGGUAGAGAAAUACUGAGACUCCUAUACCGCGUUGAGGGUGAGUCCAUUCCGAAAGGUUCAUUCCGCGGCCUCGCCCCAGAUAGGAGAGACCUUCAAUCUGCCGAAUUCGCUGAGUUCUGA